CCGGGAACAAGUCUCGCAAGAGCGAGCCUCGCGGCUGCUGCCUCUCCGUGCACCGGAGCCGUUGUGACGCGUCUUCUCGGCGGGCUCGUCGCCCUACCGCCGACGAACGCCGAAGAUCGCCGAAGGCGCCCGAAAGAUCGCCGAAGACGCCCGAGCGCGGUGAAACUGUACGAGAACCGUCAGUUCGGGUUCAAUACACAUCCACGUGAUAGAGUAACGCUAAAUAAUCGCUACGAAGCAUAAUAAGGAAAGAAAGGAGAAAAUUAGUAUCCUUAAGUGUGUCGAAAUUAUCGAAGACGUCCAGAAAUCAUCGGAACGAUGUGUAGAAGAUCACGAUAAGUGCCGGCUCGUUCGGGAUUGGAUUCGUAGAAAUGGAUUGGAUAAUAUAGAAAUUGGUAAUAAAUGGUGAUACGACGGAGGAGUCAUCGGGUACAGGAAAUAAUUAGAUUAAGGGAGGGAGGAGAUUUCCGAAAACAGCCGAACGAUUAGCAUCGCGGAGUAAACAGGGACUCCAUUGCGCCGAGCUGAGCCGAGGAUCGGCGAAGAUGGCCGAAGUGCGCGCUCGGCUGACGCGCAGGUGCUUUGCAAGCCUCGCCGUGUAGACGGGCCGGGAGGGGACCGCACUGGAGCUGGAAAGAGAAAAACAAGGCGACGAGGACAAUACUUCAAUGACGGUGAACGGCGUUGUACCAAAGGAUAAAUAUAUAUUUAUCUAUGGUCGAGCCUGUGCUCUCCGUCACGUUUCCAAUGAAGGUCUCGAUGGACUUUUGACUCCUUGGUUUUCUCACCUUUGGAAGACUAUCGCGUUUCCGCACACACAAUACCGCAAGCCAUUAUCCACCUUUGGGGCACAAUAUGCAUAUUUCAUAACAAUUGGUAAUAAGCGAUGCCUGCUUAGUCAUUUUCUUGACAAGCCUACGUCCAUGAGUUGACCAAUUCGUCCGACAGCAACGUUUAACUUGCAGUAUUACGUGCGGUAAAACUCAUGAAAUUGCGAAGUAAUAUCGUUUAUAACAAAGGGAAAUCAUUUUGAAGGUGAGCUGGCAGAAAAGUGUCGCAUCCUUCGAAGUCGCGGACCCGUUUUCAAAGUUUAGCUUUGAAUAAUCCAAGUAACCGGUGAGAAGUCAGUGAUAUUUUUAUAAAGAGGUGAAGGCCAAGAGUAACCUCCCCUCACGUGCCACCCACUUUGUAUGUAUGCUGAAUGAUAUGUGGUCCCAUAAACUGUCUACAUACAGUGCCGUACAAACAACGUCGUACAUCCAGUGAUCCAGAUCGGGGAACAUCCGAAGGUCCAGAGAAUUCCGGAAAUAAUUGAUACGCAAAGUCGCGAAAGAAAGACUGGAAAUUAAAGUCACGGAGAAAAGACUGGCGAUUAUCUCAUACUCUGUAUGCUUACGUAGACCACGCGUAACGAAAAAACUGAAGAACAGAAGUUCCUAUCUGGAAGCUACUUCCGAGAGCCAAAAUAACUUAAAUUUAACCAGUAUUCUUUUCUGUAGAACCGAAGAGUUGCCCAUCGCUACAAAACGUAGUCUUUACCUACAUCCUGUAGGUAUCGCAUACGUAAUAAAGUACCGCCGACAACCAGUGUACGCCUUGUGAAUAUUUAACAUCACAUAAAUAAUCAAUAGUCAUUUGCUAUAAUAUGUACCCCAUGAAAGACCUCGACGAGGUCGGACCAAAGUAAGUUCCAGGCAAGAAGUCGAAGUCGACGUAACUUUGCUUCGCGAUUUAACGAAGCGCACCUGUGUUUACAUGCAACGAGAGCGAGAAACGUCAUCUCCUGGUAUCUGUUCAAACGGGAAAGUCUUACGCCUACUCUAAGCCAUUCUUCGGCCGAAGUGACGGGAAAGAACCUCGAGGAAAAGACUGUCGCUCUUCGGGACUACAUUUGUAGGAGCCGAACAAUCUUGAACAUAAAACUGCAAGGAGCCAUCUCUGCGGUAAUUCGAGUGACCACCUUACCUAGCUGAUAACGUGCCUCGAAGUGGGGAAAAAAAAAACAAAAACAAAACCUAUCGAUCCGUCGAACAUAUGAUUUCACGGUGACGACUACAGCAGGUAGUGAAUGAACCUAUCGAAGCUACUAAAAUCAUCCUCUUGAUCAACAUCAACAAUUGGAUGUUCCUGUUGGACCGUUCCUGAAAAGUGCUGACAAUUUGUCUAACUUUAAAGAAGACACCGAGUGACGUAAUUUCGGUGGCAAGACUGCACGAGGAUUAAGGCGACUUCCCGUGCAAUGAAUGGCAAGGAUUAAUCGUAAUGUUUGCAGUUGGCCGUAGUUUAUUUAGGGCCUGAAAAUUGAUGGACCGGGUCCAAUUUAUCACUGGAGCUACAAGACUUUCCGUUUCGAAGUGCCGAUACGUUCUCGCAUGCUUCGACCGGGUGAUAGCUAGAAGCGACUGUCCGCACAAUCGCUGUAGAUUGCCACCGUAGAAUAUUGAACUUUGCUCGUCAUGUGUACGCGGAGUAAUUCGCGGAGGUGACGAGAAGGUUCAUCUGGGACGUAUCCAAUUGGCGAUCACGUGUGAGAUGAUCGGAAAAGGGGAAGUGGCUCGUUUAAAUUGAGUUACCGUUUUUCUGUGGUCGGGAUGCCCUCGGUUCGUAAUAAGGGCUUCGAGUGAGAGUGAUGUAAGGGAGACAUCGACACCAGAAACGACUGGUGAUUGUUGAAGUGGCGAAGAGAAGAAAGUGCACCGUGCCGUAAAGGAACCACGACGUCAUUGUCAGAGGGAAAGGGUACGGGGAAGUAAUUUUCGAAAUGGAUUCCUGCUUCCCGCCGUUGUCCGCUCUCAGUCUGCGGGACCCUAAAAAGUCCUCAACAAUCGCUGGAAGGAAUCGACAUAGCAGUGGAGAGAACCCUCUUCCACCUGCGGCUCCUCCCACGCCAGGGAAAAUCGAGAUCCUCCAGGAUCUCGACCUCUACUAUAUUCGGCAGAUUGCGCAUAAUCUUAAGGAAUAUGACCUCGAACAAAAAAUCGAGGUGGAGAUUAAAAUGCGGGAAGGCUCGGCUCGGCUUUUGGCCGCCGCCCGACACAGGGCGCAAAGCUUGGAAGCCGCCAGAGCUUUGUUGACUUCAAACGAAAGGAUGUCGGCGUACAUGGCCGAAUUGCAAAGACGUAAAAAAGAACCAUCCAACAAGCCCGUAUUGCCUGCCAGCACGGCAAGAGUUUCGCUAUCGGAGUUGAGAGUUCCAUUGAUGUGGAGGGACUCGGAUCACUUUAAAAAUCGAGGCGAUUAUCGGAGAUUCGCCGUCUUUUGCCUGGCACGAGUGGGUACUGAAAUUCACGACACCGCUUUGCUCUGCCCAGUGGAUAGAGCUCUUACAGACAUCAGUUUCCCUGACGUAUUAGUAUUCAAUAACGUACCAGCUGAAUUCGAGUUGACAUUGGAAAUCUACAGUCAUAUUCUUCAAGAGGAUCUCAGUAUAGCUAGUACACCACGAAGAAUCAAAAGAACGAUACAUUCGUCGAUAUCGAAAACAGUUGGGAAAAAGCUCGCCGCUUCUUUACGUGACGAAUUAAAUUCGGGAAAAACUGGACCACAUUUCGAAUUAAUGGCAUCUGCAAGAUUAACCCUGGACGACACGGAUGACAAUAUACACACUCACGAUCUCACCAUUAAUAAUUUCGAAAAUAAGCACCAUGCACUUCCGUUAUUCGGACACUUCUGCUGUCGUCUGGCGGCUCAACCGGAUUGCGUUAACAAGGAAGUCUGUUCCGGAAAUAUGAAUGUGCAUGGACGAAAUUGUUGGGCCCGUCUCCGAGGCUUCACCAUUCAGACUUGGGAAUCGAGGAAGCUUGCGGAAGAAGAGCAGAGCCCCAUCGAUAUUAUACCAAUCAAUAGGGAAACUUCAAUCCAGCCAUGCAAAUCGUCGUCAAAGGAGUUGCGUAUUACGAAUAGCAUGGAAGGAUCAGAGAAGACAACUACAAUUAAGUUAGAAUCAAAUGAGGAAGCUCAAAAGUGGCUAAGACAAUUGUUAAGCCAUUCUAAGGAUCACUUGAGAUGGAAACAUGCGGCUGAAACCAUCCAGGAUGUUCCAUGUGUCGAGAGUACCAGAAAUUCCUUUAUUAGUAACAAAAGACAGGGAUCUUUGUACGAUGAAACACCGCUAAUUGAAUCGGUGCAGUCAGAAUAUACAUCAGCGAGACCAACAGUCCAGGAGAUUUUUGGUCUCACACCAAGUACCAGCCUAAGUAGUUGCAGUUCGACGAACAGCCCUCCGAGUCUACGAUCUCGAUCUCUUAGUACGAGUGGUCCUCGCAAACUUAGCACUAACACAUUUAAAUCCCAUUGGCCAUUUUCCACCAAGAAUCACGAUUAAAGUAACAUUUUUCCGACCGCAGCGAAAUCUUAACCGGUUCUUGAUGAGUCGAAAAACAAUACAAGCAGUUAGUACCUGCUUGGAUCGCCAGAUGGACGCGAACAAGCGGUACCUGAAUUAUUUCAUGUUUUGUCUGUCUGCACAUAAUGAAUUCUCGGCAACUUACAAAACUUCAGUACAUAUCCAUUUGUACCGACUUCAAGAUCCAACGAAUGCCCGAAUGUUUAGUGGUUAUCCUCCCAGGUAAGAAAACGAAAGAUUAUGCGUUUCCUAGUACACGCCGCAUAACAUGUAUAAUUUGUUGUAUAUUUCAAAAACUAGUGGCAAACCUCCCUUAAUACCGAAGUCUUGUUUUCUUCAAAUAGCAUAUCUCUAUGAUGCCAAUAUAAAAGUAUCUAGCUAAAAUCUGUUUUUGGCAGUAAUGCCCAAAACUCUACUGUUCAAAACAUUAAAAAAUAUAUACACUUCUUUUCUGGUAAAAAUAGAAAAACGUAUAUAUGCACAACUAAUUUUAUCCAGAACUCCCAAACUCGUUAAGUAAAAGUAAAACAAGGCAACAGGCGUUAACAUUAAUCUUCCAGUUAUAUACAUAUAUCUAUCAUAAACUAUAAAUGAGAUUUUGUAGGAACACGCGUAGAUGACAACCUUUCAUUAACCUGUAUAAAAAAGGAGGCCUAAAGUCUAUUUCAUGUAUUGCUAGUAGAUCAGUUUAAUAUUCAGUACUCUAUGUGAGCGAUUAAUACGUCUAUUAAGUUAUACAGAGAUCCAUUAAGCUUACAACUGUUUGCUGUGUCAUUUACUUCGUUUUCUAAUGCCGAAGAUAGCUGAUUAAGACUGCGAUAGAUAGACCAUGACCGAUCGAGUAACGGUCACCUUAUGUGACUUCGUUAGCCGUUAAAUACUCAUUAAUCUUAUCUAUUUAGACAGUUUUCUAAUCUCAUUUUUUUUUUCUAAUUUACUCUUUCACUGUCAAUUUGGCGCGAAUAAAUAACGUUUAUUUGCGUUAAGUGCAACAAUAUCUCGCGACGGAUAAUAGCAUCUUAUAGUUAUUUGUCGUCAUACGAAAAUGUCAUUAAUAUAUUUCGAUAAAGUGUCCUUAGGGAUUUUAGACCCCAGGAACAUAGGGUACAAUUUCCGUAGAUCGGUAAGUGACCCAGAAUUGACCAUGACACAUUUACACCUAAACAUUGUUCGAUACCAUUCUUGAGGAAAAGUGACCGUUUCGUGCAAUCAAUUUUUUUUUGUUUUAAUUGUAUUGAGGCCAGAGGCAAUGAAUUACGAGAAUUACUAAAAUCUCGGUAACGUUGAAUGGUUCGACGAACUUAUGUUUCCACUUCGAUUAUGACGAUUGAAAGAAUCCAUAACGCAACCAAUCUGAGCUCCAAUUAUACGAUAUGGAGUAAUACAAUUCUAUUGACACGUCAAAAUCUUCUUUAUAACGAAGUAUUAAUUCGGUGCAAGAAUUAUUUGUUCAUUAGUUCAUAAUUCUCUCCAAAAAAUACUUAUUUAUCAUUUUUUUUAAACGUACUCACUUGCAAUUUGAUAUGUUAAACAAAAUUUUAAGACAAAGGUAAUUUCUUUCUCUGGCCACGUUUCAACGCAAAAAUAUUUCUUUUCAAGUAGUACGUAAAAUAACUUCAACAUGUAGUUGUAUAAACAUGAUCUUGUUAAAAAUUGAGAACCAUAGUGGGCGUAAGUAUCAUCCAUGAUUCGCCGUUAUUAUAGGCAUAUAUCCACCUGUUCAUUCAUUUGUACGUAACUUUUCGAAAUUAUUGUAUCAUUAAGAUAAAAUGUAAAAAUGAUGUAAUAUUAAUCAAAGAAUAUGGCAUUAUUAUCCCUGUCGCUAAUCCCAUGUGCGUUGCACUUAAAAAAAUCUAAGAUACUCUAAUAUUAUUUUAUGGUAUGUAAGUUCAUCGAAUAAACGUAAAAUGUUUCUAAGAAUUGCAA